AGAGCUGUGAACACGAGCUUCUGGCACGCUGGCAGGGAUUGCCCUUCUGUGGACUGAUCACCCAAGGUGGAGGACCUUUCCACAUGUGCCACUCUGCCGUUGACCCCAAGCCCUACUUUGACAGCUGUGUGUAUGACCUGUGCAUGACUGGUGGGUUCCACCAGCUCCUGUGCCGCUCCCUGCAAGUGUACGCCGAGGCCUGCCACCGUGCUGGGAUCGCCAUUAAUGACUGGAGAGCUGCUGCCCAGUGCCCUGCCUCCUGCCCAGUGAACAGCCAGUACGAACUGUGUGGCAGUGCCUGUCCUGCCACCUGUGGUAGCCUCGCUGCCAUGGCCAAGUGUAGGUUCCCCUGUGUGGAGACCUGUACCUGCGAUAGGGGCUUUGUUCUCAGCCGGGGGAAGUGCGUCCCGCUGUUGCGGUGUGGCUGCACCUUCGAGGGGCGCCAUAUUCCUGCAGGGCAGACCUUCUGGGCUGACGACCGCUGCCGCAGACUCUGCUUUUGCGGCCCAGAGGGGGGUCAAGUGUCGUGCAAGGAGGCCAGUUGCCGGCCUGGGGAGCAGUGCCAGGUCGUGGAUGGCUUGAGGGACUGUUACCCCGUCUCUUACAGCAUCUGCUCUGCUUGCGGGGACCCUCACUACACGACCUUCGAUGGUCGGUACUUUGACUUCCAGGGCACCUGUAUCUACCAGCUUGUGGGUCUCUGCGCCCCAAACACCACCCUCACCCCUUUUAGAGUCAAUGUGGGGAAUGAGAACCGUGGGGACCAGACCAUCUCCUACACCAAGGUGGUGACUGUGGAGGUCUUUGGCAUCCGGAUUACUCUUAACCGGGAAUACCGCUAUGAAGUUAUGGUAGGUGUAACAUCUUGGUGGUGGCGGCGCCAUUUUCACUGCAUGACAUGGACUUGUAUGUAA